AUGGGUAAUGCUAAUAGUGCUGGAGGACUAGUUGUCAGAGAAGAUCAGGAACUUCCUGAAAUUUUUGAAGUAUUACCAUAUGAGGAUGAUGGUUUUGGUGUAGAAGAAGAUGAAGAUUAUGUAGAGGAAAAGGAUAGUGACAACGAAAGAGACUCUGAGGGAGAAGAGAGAGACGGUGGUACAUUGGUUCAGCAAGGAGCAGCACAGACUGAACAGCUCCUUGAGGAUCAGCAAGAACCGCCACAAAAUCAACAGGUCCCUGAGGAUCAACAAGGGAGGCCACAAAAACAACAGCUCCCAGAGGAUCAGCAAAGAGAGACAGAGAAAACCUCCCCAAAAGAUGGCAAUGUCAAGAAGGACAAGCCUGCAGCAAGCUAUAUUUACUCUGGGAUAGACCCAACCAUUGUCGCACGUCUGAUCCGGGAGGUUGAAGAACUACUCACUCAUGUCACUAAUGAAGAUUAUAAAGCUGCACAGAGUGCAGCACUCAUACUGAAGGAGACAGAUAUAGGGUCUUUAGCAGAAGGAAUGAGCCGGUCAAUUGAGCGACAGCAGCGACCCUACUAUGAUGGAAAUCUCCCUCAAAGCCGGAGGUCGGGUUCUCGUCUGCAGGGUCCUAGAAUUGAUACUGGGUCGAGGAUACAAAAAGGUAAUACACCGACUCGGGCAUCAGCUGACCUUACAAAGCUUCCACCAAUCAAUGGAUUCCGCAAUGAAAAACCAGACAGUCGGGAGACAGGAUCAACGGCUUUGUUUACAGAUGGUGGGGGAGAUAACACUCUCCCUGGUAAAGGUCAACUUGGAGGUCAUGCACCACGUUCAUUAGCAUAUAGUCCAACAAAACCAUCUGUUCCAAAGGAAAAAUCACCAGGCAAGGAACAGAGGUCAGGAGUUACAUGUAACGACAUUGUAGCAGUGACUUCAAACUACGUUCCAAGUGAUGAAAAGUCCAACAACAGAGAUCAAAGGUCAAAUAUAGCAUCAUUGGUCACGUCUGUACAACUUGAUGACAAGCAACAAAUUGAUGAAAGGUCAAAGUUCAUCAGGGAUCAAAGGUCAAGUAUACCAUCAAUGAUUCCUUCAUUUCCAAUGGAUAGUAAAAUGAAAGAAGAAAAGCAAAAAGUUAAGGAACAGAGGAAAAGUCUAAUUCCAUCAUUUUCUGGUGAUGAUAGGUCAAGGCCAAAGGAAUCUAAACAUAGUGCAAAUAACAAUAAUGGUGAACAGGGAUCAAAAUCACAGGAAGUAAAGCAAGAGGUGGGAAAGUCUGAAACAUCGAAAUUGGAGCCGAAAAAUUUGUCACCACAAAUAAAUGUGGAUGGGACGGAUUCCAAAGUUAAGGAGAUGCCAUCAGAAAUGGCAUGGGAUGUGGAUGUGUCUGAUAUCACACCUGCCAGGAAAAUCAGGAAACCAGUGCUGACAAGCUCCAUGGUAAAGGGAGAUGACUCCAGCCCAUACAUCCCUGCGAGUGUGAAAGUCACUGCAGAACAGAUCUGUGCAAGGAAAGUUUUUGAUGUGAAACGAUGGGUGUGCAUGAGUCGACCACAGUACAGCAAAUCAUGUGGAAUUACCUCCCUUGUCUCCUGUUGGAAUUUUCUCUUCAGUACUCUAGGCAACGGAAAUCUAUCACCUAUCACCCAGGAAGAGGCUCUCACCAUCCUUGGUUUCAAACCUCCUUUUGAUGAGAUCCGAUUUGGACCAUUUACUGGAAAUGCAACGCUAAUGACAUGGUUCAAGAAGCUGAAUGACCACUUCAAGGUGCGAGGGCAGAGUUACUUUACAUACAAGCCUCAUGGUAAGGACAAGACGUUUGGAAUGACAUCAGACAUGGCCCUCCAGGCUAUUAAAAAGGGACUGCAGGACGCGAACACUGCCUACAUUUAUCACUGCCAGAACCAUUACUUCUGUCCCAUUGGGUUUGAGGAUACACCACUAAAGGCUGAGGAGGCGUACAGUGGACCUCUAGCCCAGGAGGACAUGGAAACACACGUGCUAAUUGGAGAUUGUGCCAUUAAACACCCAAGUAUACACUGUAAAAGGUGGGAGGACAUUUCCACAGACCUGAACUGUGUCAAUCCCGAGUUCCUUAAUAUACGACGUCUGGAGGAAGGACUUCAGAAACGUAAGGCUAAAAAGCCAGGUGGUAACCUUCAUUGCAUAAUGGCUUUUCGUAAAAACAAUUUUCAGUCCAUCCAUAGGACUCAUAUCCCAGUGUUUGGGGGCGCACCUAAGACAAGAACACGAUCGACUUCAAACCCAGCACAAAAUGUGUCAUCAGCACCAAAUGUUUCAACACCAGGUACUACGCCAUUGGCUGCUGACACGACUGCCAGACUUAAUAACAAUACUGAAAUCCCUGUAGGAGCAACUGUUCAUUCUGAACUGUCGCCUACCAAUGGCAAUGGUGAUAUUGAAUUUCCACAGGUAGGGGAUGGGAAACGAACAGACGAAGAGGAGGAGAAUAUGUGUUCUGAGGAUGAAGAGGAUGAUGAAUGAUUGAAACAUAUUUGAUAAUAUCCUAAAUAGUAUUUCAGGAUUCUCUUUGUUUGACUCAUAUCAAUUUCUUUGUUGAUGGCAACAUGGAAAAAUUGAAGCAAAUUUGUUUGAAGUGCAAA